UCCCAGGAACGCGCGGGGCAGCCCGGCGGCGUGGGGGCGGUGCCUCGCGUCGGGUACAGUCAUCCCAAACCUCUUCGGCAGGACUGUGAUGGCCGGAGAGAUGACGAUCUUAGGAUCAGCUGUUCUGACUCUCCUUUUAGCUGGUUAUUUGGCACAACAGUAUUUACCGUUACCUACUCCUAAAGUGAUUGGCAUUGACCUUGGCACCACCUACUGCUCAGUUGGGGUGUUUUUUCCUGGCACAGGAAAAGUAAAGGUUAUUCCAGAUGAAAAUGGGCAUGUCAGCAUACCCAGCAUGGUGUCCUUUACUGACAACGAUGUUUAUGUGGGGUAUGAAAGCUUAGAGCUGGCAGAUUCAAAUCCUCAGAAUACAAUAUAUGAUGCCAAAAGAUUCAUAGGCAAGAUUUUUACCCCAGAAGAACUGGAGGCUGAAAUUGGCAGAUACCCAUUUAAAGUUUUAAACAAAAAUGGAUUGGUAGAGUUUUCUGUGACAAGUAAUGAGACCAUCACUGUUUCCCCCGAAUAUGUUGGGUCCAGACUCUUGUUAAAGUUAAAGGAAAUGGCAGAGGAAUACCUUGGAAUGCCAGUUGUCAAUGCUGUGAUUUCUGUGCCAGCAGAAUUUGAUCUGAAACAGAGAAAUUCAACAAUUGAAGCUGCUAACCUUGCAGGACUAAAGAUCUUAAGAGUAAUAAACGAACCUACAGCAGCAGCUAUGGCCUAUGGUCUCCACAAGGUUGAUGUCUUUCAUGUCUUGGUGAUAGACUUGGGCGGAGGAACUCUAGAUGUGUCGUUGCUGAAUAAACAAGGAGGAAUGUUUGUAACCCGAGCAAUGUCUGGAAACAAUAAACUAGGAGGACAGGACUUCAAUCAGAGAUUGCUUCAAUACUUAUAUAAACAGAUCUAUCAAACAUAUGGUUUCCGACCAUCUAGGAAAGAAGAAAUCCACAGAUUAAGACAAGCCGUAGAAAUGGUGAAAUUAAAUUUGACUCUUCAUCAGUCUGCCCAGGUAUCAGUAUUACUCACAGUGGAGGAAGAAGCCAGGAAAGAACCCCAAAGUGGUGACACUGAACUGCCCAAGGACAGACUUUCCCCAGCAGAUGGGCACCAUGUGAAUGGUGUGUUUGGAGCUAACCAUCCUGAAAAGAAAAGUGGAGAAAGUCUGGUUUUAUUUGAAACAGAAAUAUCACGGAAGCUCUUUGACACCCUUAAUGAAGAUCUAUUCCAGAAAAUACUUGUACCCAUUCGGCAAGUAUUAAAAGAAGGCCACCUGGAAAAGACUGAAAUUGAUGAAGUGGUUUUGGUUGGUGGCUCUACUCGUAUUCCUCGAAUCCGCCAAGUCAUUCAAGAGUUCUUUGGGAAGGAUCCCAACACAUCUGUAGACCCAGACCUGGCAGUGGUGACAGGAGUGGCUAUCCAGGCAGGAAUUGAUGGAGGCUCUUGGCCUCUUCAAGUCAGUGCUUUAGAAAUUCCCAAUAAGCAUUUACAAAAGACCAACUUCAACUGAAUUAUGGAACAAUGAUUAUCACUUAUGAUCUUGCCUGAUGAUCUUUUCUUUUUAUCAGACCACUUCCAAAAGAGAAGUCUCUGAAGUAUCUUGCAAAUUUACCUAAAAGGCAGAAAUUACAUACACAAAAAGUUUUCAUAACUUUUUUUUUUUAAGAUUGAAUAUGACCAGAUCAAUCUAUUUGAUUUUGGAGAGAAUCCAUUCCAACAGAUACUUUUACAGUGAUUUAAAUGAGGUAAAACUUAGAGGAGCGCAAAUCGAGGUAUUUUCUGGGUUUCAGUAGUAGAGAACCAUAUGCUCUUAAAAUUAUUUACUGUAAACAUUGCCUAGUGCCAAUUAUAGGAUCCCCAGUUCUUACUAAAUUAUAUUAGCAGGAGCUGGUAGUAUAUUUACUUGACUAUCAUAUGUAACUUAAUUUGAUCUAUACUUGAAGGAUGGUGUUGAUGUCAGGUAUUUACAUUGGCUGGGAUAUAGCAGUAUUAUUCAUAUAAGCUGCACAUAAGAUACUCAAUAACUGCCAUAUAGCAAAUUUACUUUCAUCAAUAUGAUAUCACAUUAAGUGUCCUGUUCAUGUAAAUGCACAGUCUCCAGAUUUUUAAAAUAUAUUUAUUGGAUCAAUUUGUUUUCUUUCUAAAUUAGUUACAGAAUUAUUCAGUGUUUCCUACCAGAUAGUAGAAACACCUAACUUAUAAUCUUGUUUCUUCAUCUACUGUGCCUCUUUCUCUUAAUGGUUUUCCAUGAUUCUGCCUGGUUAGAAAACAAUAAGGAAUUGUUAGUAGCAGUUUUUAAAAUGUGUUAAUGUCACAAUAAAGCCAUCAAACCAUCAUUACUAUCACGUUUCUUGCUAUCCGAGAUAUUUGUAAAUAGUGAUUAGCUGUAGUACUUGCUUUAUAAUUUUUUCUUUGUUUUUAAUAAACCUUAGAGAAUUUAAUUUGCAUUUGAACUAUCAAAUCAUAAUUGAUUCAAUUUUAUUGAGAUUCAUCAUAUUUAAUUUUGAGUGAAGGAAUUGUGUUCAAUUGUAAAAAUCUUAGUUUUGUUUCCUGCUAUCAUUUUAAAAGUCACACUUGAACUGUUUUCAGCCUUAAGGUUAGAUGAAAUUGCAUUUGAAUUUACAGUAAAUUGAAUUCUGGAAGCAUUGUGGGAAUCUGAUGUGGAAGGCAUUAUUGACUCAUUUCACAAAGGAGAAUUUGUUUUGUUUUGUUUUUGUUUAUAUCCUUUUAGAAAAACUACACGGACCAAAAAAGUACAGCAGUUUUAUUUCUGUGAUGCCCAUAUUACUAGAUUUCUUUUUUUCCUUGUUAGAGGCAUGCUUGAUUUCAGUAUUUAAAAAUUAUACUCUGGUCAACAUUUUUGUUAAUGUAAACUAUGUCAGCUUUAUCCAUGAUUGAAUUUGAGAAGAUGUUGAGUUUUCAAUCACCCAAAAAGAAAACUACACAAAUCAUUCCAGCGGUAUUAAAACAUUUCAGCUUCUCAGUAUAAAGCUGAAUGUUAACGUUUUGCAGGUCUCUAAAAAAAGUUGCUUAGCAAAGGAAUUGCUAUUAUAAUAGAGUUUCAAUCAGAUAAUUCUGUGUGUAGAAAAUGUGGUAGAUAGCUAGAAAAGCAUAGAGUGUUGACAUUUUAUUUUAGAACUAAAAGAGAAAUGCCAAAGAUGAAUCCUUCACUGCAUUAUGAAAAUAUUAAAGUGUUUCCUUGGACUUUAUAUAAAUCUUCAGUAAAUUUUAUAAUUGAAAAAGGCCUUUUUGUAAAGCUCUUUAAGAGAAAAGCAAUUUAUCAGAAUCUUCACAUACAAUAUCAGCUUUAACCUCUAAAGCAUUUUAAGAUUUUUAAAAAUAAACUUGAAUUUCUCAAAUAUGUAAAAGGCAGUUCAAAACAAUCUUAAUACUUUUUAGAGGAAACAAUUUGCAAAACAGGGCAGCUAAUCUCAUACACUAAAAUUGGAAUAUUAAUUUGUUUAUGAAAGUAGAAUGGCAGUGUUGGAAUUUGUGGAAGGCAGUUUAGCAUUUUCUCUAGUUACACCUGAAUGAAUGUCUGCCUUCAAUCAUAUUGUAGGGGUCUCUGUAUAGUCUUGAAAUCAUUGUAGUUUAUUUAAAAGAUAAAAAUGUAUCCUGAAAGGGAUGAUUUAUGCUAAUUGAAGAUGUUUUUCACAGGUAAACUACAUUUUGGUUGUACAUUUAGCUAGUGUUUUAUGACGUAUGUAACUUAAAAUAUUAACAGUCUUGUAUAGUUAGAAUAUGUGAAUUAGUUAUUUAUUUUGUAUCAGGAAUGUUUUGGUACUGUGUUCUUUCUGAAACCACUGAACUUACCAACACCUACUGCUGUGUAUAACAUAUACUGAAGAUUGUAGUUGCUGUGUAUUAACAGAUUGUUCUUCUUAAAUUUGUGUGUAAUUCACAUUUUAAUGUAAAUAAAUACCACUUCGCGGUUUAUUUUUUAAACUGUGUACUUUAUUUUUCAUUCUUUGUUCAUUUUUUGAAUUGUAUAAAUAAAGUGGGGACAGAGCUGAUCUGAUGCUCAUGGUUUGUGACCUCAGCAGCUAUUGCCUCAUACCCUGUAUCCUGACUAUCUCGGGUUGCUUACAUACUUUGCUACUUGUUGCCCUAAUUUACAAGAGACAGUUCCUAUAUCAUAGAAACAGUUUCUCCCAAAUUCUGAAUGCUAAUUCACACAUUUUGGCUAUAAUAUAG